GCAUCUGCUCUCCAAGCAAAUGCGGGUUAAUAUACCUACAUAGUCCAGAGGUACCAUUAGCAUUAAAGGAAAUAUAAGCGGCAUGGCAUACUGGUAGUAAAGGCCGGGGUACGGGAUCUGGGGUCUGGGGUAAUCCUAUUGAGGACGAACAAUGUUGAUAAAAGGCGAGUCCCUCCCUUCGCAUUUCAUCGUGCCCUACACCCCUAUCCCUAUCUAUUUUUCAGAGAAGGGAUUUCUUCAUUGCCUUGAUCCUAUUCAUAAUGGCCGAUGACGCUCAGCCUUCUAGGGCGGCCAAGGAUGCUCCAGAUGAGCCGAGUCUGGAGCAAGUCCUCUCCGAAGGAGCCAUAGAUAAGCAGACUGUCGACUAUUCGCGUGUCGACAAUGAAGUCCAGCAGUACGCCGGCCAGGAAUCCACCCCAAUCGAUGAAGCAACAAACAAGCGUCUACGCAAAAUGAUCGACCGACGCGUGCUGAUAGUCAUGAUCCUUACCUACUUCCUGCAGGCGCUGGAUAAAGGGACAAUGUCCUUUGCUUCUAUUAUGGGGAUCAGAGAAUAUGCUGGCUUGGAGAAUGGCCAGAAGUACUCUUGGUUAACGACCUGCAUCUACAUCGCCGUCCUUGUUGUUGAAUACCCGACGAAUCUGAUUAUCCAGCGCGUUCCGAUUGCCAAAUACCUGAGUCUUAAUAUUGUUCUAUGGGGUGCCAUUCUUGCUUUACACUCUGUCUGCAAAAGUUUCCCUAGUUUACUUGCUGUUCGCACGCUGCUGGGUAUCUUUGAGGCUGCUUGUCAACCCUCAUUUGUGCUACUUUCUAGUAUGUGGUACAAACGGCAUGAACAAGCAGAAAUUGUCACCUACUGGUAUAUGAUGAAUGGUGGUCAACAAGUAGUUGGCGGCCUCUUGGCUUACUGCUUCAGUCUUAUUGGCAACGAUUACCAUAUCAAGUCCUUUCAGGCUCUCUUCCUGACAUAUGGGUGUAUUUCUGUGCUAUGGGGCAUCUUCGUGAUCCACUGGAUGCCUGAUUCACCCAUGCGCGCCAAAUGCUUUAAUGAGGACGAUAAACGCCUGAUGAUCGAGCGCGUUCGAUCCAACCAGACAGGACUGCAGAAUAAACAGUUUCGCGCCUAUCAGGUUUUGGAAGCAUUCCGAGAUCCCCAGGUUUACUGCUAUAUGGCAAUCCAGAUCUUCACUACACUUCCAACCAGUGGAUUGGCCAACUUUGCCAAUAUAAUCAUUGAAAGCUUUGACUUUACUGUGCUACAGACUCAGCUGUUAUCAAUGGUCCUUGGGUUCUAUAUUAUUAUUGUGCUGUUCACAACCUUGUUCUUGAUCAAGAAGACCGGCCAAAACCUGUAUAUUAUGCUGGGAUUUAUUAUACCGUCAUAUGUUGGCACCAUCGUCUUAAUGACUGUGGAAAAUACUAAUUUUGCCACAAAGAUUGGACUCCUAGUUAGCUACUACAUCACCAUGUCGUUUUGGGCUGCUCAGACACUGGGUUUAUCCAUGGUCUCUAGAAAUAUCGGCGGUGCGACCAAAAAGUCCGUUGUUAUCGCGACGACCUUUGUUUCCUGGGCCGUUGGAAAUUCCAUCGGUCCUCAAGUCUUCCUUGAUAACGAUGCCCCUCGCUACCUCACUGCCUUUGGCGUACACUUGGGCUGUUACGUUUGUUUAACAUUUGCGGUCAUAUUUCUGCGAAUGUACCUGUCCAUACAGAAUAAGAAGAAAGACCGCAUGCUUCUUGAAGCAGGUCUUGAUCCCAACGAGGAAAAUCUGGCGCAUGCAUUUGAAGACCGCACUGAUCAGGAGAAUCUUCACUUCCGGUACAUGUACUAGAGAUGGAUCUUGAAUAAGUUUUUUCGUUACAUAUUGCUUUAUUCAAUGCUUAGAAUGAGAUAUAUAAAAAAGGUCCCUAAAUCAGUAUCUUGAAACUAAUCUAAGACCUUGUGGUCGUCGUGUAUGCGACUAGCUUAUCGCAAAAAUAUAUAGUUUGCGAUAGGCGAAUCUCUUAACAUAAUAUUUCCGGCCAUAACUUUGUA